GAAUAUAUACAGGGGGCUGGGGUUAAGGCUGCCAGAAACCUCAAGGCAAGGAAGGAAGGCUUUAGAGGGAAGGGGCCUAGAAAGGCAAGGGAGCCUGAGUUUCUUCCCAGGAGAGAGACCCAGACCCAAACAUACGAUGUGGGGAGGACAAAGGAGUAUUAAACCAUGUACUGGGGUGCGGGAGGCCAGCCAGGUGCUCAGGAGGACUGCAUGGGGCCUGUGGACAAGGCCUCUGCGCCGGGGUUGGGGGAGGGAGAGGAACCCCAUGUUAAUAAAUCUGUUGGCAAAUGAGGCUCAUUAAUAGAUAAAUAUUUCACUGCUUCCUUUAGGGCAGAUAAACAGUGCGCUGCCGAUUAAGGAAAGGAAGCUGCGAGACCUGGAGUUUAUUCGAACCACAUGGCUGCAGCUUGCGGUAUAGUGUUCCCCCCGCCGCUAGAAACCACCCAGCGCCGGCCGCGUCCGGGUCUUAGGUCUGGCUAAGAGUUGGGGGUGGGCAGACCUGCUACCCCCCCCCCAAGGCUACAGUGGGGCUGAAGGAUGUGCAGGGUGCACAACCCCUGGGGGGGGGGGCUGGAUCCUGGGACGAUAGAUCCACACGCAGGAUUGAGGGUUCACUACUACGUAUGCUGCCCCGGUGUCCGCAGGCUCAGGCGCCCGGGCUCGUGGGCACACUGGGCGCUGGCGUAGAGCCUCGGGGUGCUCUUCCAGCGGGCACCGCAGGCUCCCGGGACGCGGGCAGAUCCCCCGGCCGCAUCCCGGAGCCUCUUCCCCAGCCAUUCCCGGCUGUCGCGGGCCCCGCCGAGCGAGACCACCUGUGAGGGCUGCUGAGAUUGGCGGAGCCGGUCAUGUGGGCGGUCACGUGCUGCGGCCAGCUCCUUCCAAAAGAAAAUGGGGUUUGGUGUAAAUCUGGGGGUGUAAUGUUAUCAUAUAUCACGCUACCUCGUAAAACCGACACUGAAAGCUGCCGGACAACAAAUCACAGGUCAAAAUUAUGAGUUCUUCGUAUUAUGUGAACGCGCUUUUUAGCAAAUAUACGGCGGGGGCUUCUCUGUUCCAAAAUGCCGAGCCGACUUCUUGCUCCUUUGCGCCCAACUCGCAGAGAAGCGGCUACGGGGCGGGCGCGGGCGCCUUCGCCUCCACCGUGCCGGGCUUGUACAAUGUCAACAGCCCCCUCUAUCAGAGUCCGUUCGCGUCGGGCUAUGGCCUGAGUGCCGAUGCCUACGGCAACCUGUCCUGCGCCUCCUACGACCAAAACAUCCCCGGGCUCUGCAGUGACCUCGCCAAAGGCGCCUGCGACAAGGCGGACGAGGGCGCGCUGCACGGCCCGGCCGAGGCCAAUUUCCGCAUCUACCCUUGGAUGCGGUCUUCAGGACCCGACAGGAAGCGGGGCCGCCAGACCUACACGCGCUACCAGACUCUGGAGCUGGAGAAGGAAUUCCACUUCAAUCGUUACCUGACCCGGCGCCGCCGCAUCGAGAUCGCCCAUGCGCUCUGCCUCACCGAGCGCCAGAUCAAGAUCUGGUUCCAGAACCGCCGUAUGAAGUGGAAGAAAGAACAUAAAGACGACAGUCCGGCCCCUGCCGCAGCCCCCGAGGGCGCCGCCGUGCCCUCCGCCGCCUCGGCCGCCGCCGCCGCCGCCGCGGCCGCUGCUGACAAGGCCGACGAAGAGGAGGAGGAGGAUGAAGAAGAAGACGACGAGGAGGAGGAAUAAGGGGCUUAUUCUGGGCCCUAUCCCCUGCCCCGGACAGCUGGAAAAGAGUCUUUAAGAGACUCAACUGGUUUUAUUUACAAAAAUAUGGGAAAUAAAAAGAAAAUGUAAAAAAAAAUCAAAGUCCCCAACCACAAACCCACCCCAUCCCCACCCCAUUACUCACUCUAGCUCCCAACUUUUCUGGACUGAGCGGCUGGAGAUUAGGUCGCCUUGGGGAUCCCCUCUGUUUCUGAGGAUCCCAUUAGAUACCCCCAACCCCAGGCCAGUGCUGUUCACUGGUACAGCCAAAAUACUACCUAGCACAGGCCUCCUUGAGAGGCACCCCCAAACUACCUAUGGGCCCAGCCCCAGUGGGCCUCCACUCCCAGGAAGCCCCCCACUACGUCCCAACACUGGCAGAUACCUAGCACCACCCCCCCCCCAUGCCUGCAAGAACAGGAUUCUUUCAGUACUACCUACUAGCCCCAAACUACCUAUUUUGUGCUGGCUAGCUUGCCUGCUUUUUGGUGCCGGCCUUCCCAGGCCAGGCCAGGCCCCUGAAGCUUCCCCAGGGACAGCCUUUGAGGUCCUUGAGACUUGGUUGACAAGGCACUGGGGUCCAGGGACCAGGGCAAUGGCUUCUAUUUAAAUUGAAAAAUAAUAUAUUUAUUCCAAAGCAUAUUAAAUGCUGCAACCUAGAAUCCCUCUUUUUUCUGGCUUGGCCACCCCAAGUUCAGGUCCAUCACACCCACUUCUGGAGGGGAGCAUUCCUGAGCUGCAGACCUCUGGGUUCAUUUCUGCUUUGUAGGAUUUCAGAGCUGCUCUCAGUCUCACUGUUCUCUCCCCUGUCCUUGCGUCCUCCUGGUCAGCCGUGUCAAAUAUGUGUACCCUUUUCCUACAAUGGCAAAUACUGUAUAUUUGAACACGAUUUCCCCCUCAUUUCUUUAGUCUUGGAGCUCAUUUGUAAAGGAAUGUCUCGAUGUGGGAAGGAUGUGUUCAUUGGGUGACUUUGUAGCAUGGUGUGUCGUCUUGAGCUAACUCUGUAGUGGGUGGGGAGGUCCCUAUGCCUUCCCAGAUGCCCUUCAUCUCCUGUGUUGUCCUGUGUCCCCCUUAGCUCCAGCCUGGGAUUCAGGGAAGGCAUGCUUCCCAGCCCAGAUAAUCAUGUUUUAUGUAACAAAAAUAAAGAUGCUUGGUGACAAAGA